AUUUCGUUCUUUGUUCGCUUGCCCAAAUUCUGACUCUGCUCAGUUGGCUGUAGCUGUAUCAUCAGCACUCUUCUCCGCGCAUGCUACCUCCACCAUGGUUCCUAAUCCCCUUUCUGGCUGAGCUGGGAGUCCACAGGAGAACUGUCCCAGGCUUUCACCCCUUCUCUGUUCUUCCCUGAACCAAUGUCCAAUUUGGCAAACAUGGAAGACUAAACAAACUCCCACCCCCAUACGUCAUGGCUGAAAAUCCCCACUAUAGCCUGAGGUCUUUAACAAGGGAAAUUUAAAGAAGAUGGAAUAACCCACUUAGUAAAAGAACAGAAAAACAUUUUCUACAAUAGGUCACAUAUAAACUUAACUUCUCUAUUUCGUUACUGUGCUACGCCAGUUCAGGUACCGAUUGAAAAGUAUUCUUCGGAGAAUUCAAGCCACAGUCAUAGAUUUCAUAGACAUUUGGGCUGGAAGGGACCCCGGAGGAUCGAGUCCAGCCCCCUGCCCCAGGGGCAGGAAGUCAGCAAGGAUCAUAGGAUCCCAGCAAGAUAAGCAUUUCACCUGCAUUAACAAAUGGAACAUUCUCAACGUCUGGAUCUUUUUUCAGAGAGCUGCUAUCUAAUCCCCCGGGAAAGCUAAUCCAGCGACAGAUCUAUGCAUUGUAUUCCACUUUUUGUUGAUUUGGUUAUGACCUAAGCAGAGCAAGUUUCCAAGGAAUUCCAAAUACGUAUUAGGUUGUAUUUCAAGGGGCACUUUAAAACAAAAUAAAUAUUCCAGUGAUAGAAAAACUCCCCACACAGCCAUUUGGUGAACCAAAUCUAGGCAAGCAACCUUUCAAGCUGGUUCCACCCUCACCACCUUCUCUCUUGUAUACUUCCUCUCUCCUGUCCCAUCUUCAGUUCUGUCAUUUUUCCACUUGUGGAAGAAAGUUCCCAGGUUUGGUUCAGCGCAUGCCCAAGGCGAUCAUGUUUCUCAGAAGUGCUCUGCUGGGAAUUCUUCUUUUCUGCAUUCUCUAUACAGAAACUACUCUGGCUGGCUCCAGUUUUUUAAGCCCUGAAUACCCAAGGACACAGCAGCAGAAAGAUGCUAAGAAGCCUAACACCAAAUUACACCGCCGGGGCACAGAAGGAGUUUUGGAUACAGAUGAAAAACAGGCAAAGGGACACAGCAAUGAAAUUGAAGUUAAGUGCAAUGUCCCCUUUGAAAUUGGUGUCAAGAUAACAGAAGGACAGUACCAGGAGUAUGGACAAAAGCUCGAAAGGAUCUUAGAGGACAUGCUUACAGGGGAGCCAAAAGAAAUCCAAGUGGAAAACUGACAGGAGUUGAAGGACACCAGCAGCACAUGAUGACCUUUAUUACAACAAAACUCUGCUUUCGAGUUGUACACCUGAUAAUAUUCUUUUAAAAAACAGAUGCCUGGGGCUGAAUAGUUUACAUUUUUAAACCAUUUGGGUGAGAACAGACCUUUUUGGGAGGGAGGCAAGAGAUUAAAUAACUCGGUAAAGAAAACCAGCAGCCACCUGACUUCUAAGUUGUUUUACUUUUAUUUUUUUCUUAAUUGUAUCACAAAUGUUCUAGGAUGUGUUUGGAAGCCAUUUGGACCUUUUCUGCCAAUGGAGGGAGAAGACUUGUGUAUGCUUCUGCAACCGAAAAUAAAAGUAGUAUUGAAACUGCAGUAAUUUUUUGCCAUUUCUAAAAUUAUGUGAAGAAACUAGAUGCAAGUUUGAGUCUCUGUUAUACACAUCAGCUUAAUAUGAGGAGCUGCACAUAAAAAUAACCCUCAAUUAGCCUAGUCACUUUACUCUGUUGUUGAUGCAUCUGUUUCAAAGGGUAUCACACCCUCUCACACCUCUUCUGAAGUUAGUGAGGAUCUAGCUGUCAUUUUCAUUAGAGACAAACUAGUGCCCUUAGUGGUUCUACAAAGAGAACAUCAAAUUAUAUUUUCACAAUGUAAUUUUCACAGUGUAAAAGGUAUAAACUGUCCCUCCUUUGAAUGCAUCAAAUUCAUGAGCGAGAGCUGCCCUAGGAGCAGGCAGUCCCCACUACUGAGAUACACUCUCAUGCAAUGGUGAGGAUGGUUUCCCACUCAACUGUUUCUCUCAAUUGGCUGACUUAAGAGAGACCAUGUGUCUUUAACAAUAUUUUUAAAGGGAAUACUUAAAAAAAACCAACCCUAUAUAUUCCAAAACCUUCAUAUAAAACAGGAAGCAAGUGCCUAACUGAUGCUAAUAUCAGAAUGGAAAAUCUGUGAAGCAGAGGGGUGGAAUGGAACUUGCCUUCGUACCAUCAUUUCAGGGUUCGGAGAUGGGUUUGGAAUUCCUGCCUGGAAUGGAGGCUGAGCAAACAGGCGGAAUCAAUUUACAGAAAUGCAUUUAGUUUAUAGAGAUCCAUGCUCAUGAUUUUGCAGUCUUUCUUAGAAAUUUUUAUUUAACAUUUUUAAAUAUUUAAAUUUUUUUUAAAAAGUUUCAACUGUAGUUCCAAAUAUUAUUUAAAAAGUUACUACCCCUUGUUAAAAAUGUUAAAAAGUCUUCUGAACGCAAGGAUAAAAGUUGACAUGAAAUAGUAAAAAAAAAAAGAAAAAAAAAAAAGAAAGAAUUCUACAAAAAAAACCUGGUUUGAGAACUGUAUUUAUCAAGGUUUUUGGCACUUCUUUCACAGAGGCACUUGUCUUCAUAACAGUUUGAUCGCAGCCC